GAUCUCUACAAGGAUUUGAAAGUUCUUGGCUAUGAUUACGGCCCGAAGUUUAGACGAAUAAAAUCCGUUAAAACCAAUGACUUUGAGACAAUUCAGGGAGAGAUCAGUUGGGAUGGCAAUUGGAUCACAUUCAUGGACUCUCUGUUGCAAACAAUGGCCGCUGCCAUGCCUUUCAGAAAAAUGAUGGUUCCGGUGAUGAUUAAGUCCCUUAAAUGUGACCCAAAAGCUCUGUACGAAGGGGUGGCCUCUCAUAAAGUGGCCGAACAGAAGGAUUUGUCGGAUGAAGUAUCCGAGGAUAGGAUCGAUGAGCUUAUGUUAAGCGGCGGUAAGAAUGACGAGUCGGAAGUCGAGGGAAUUCUGUCCACAAAUAGUGUCGAAUACAUCGAAGAGCUGUUUGGCAAAGAAUAUCACGUCUAUCCGUCUGUUUUGCCAUAUUAUGUCGAUAUGAACUCCAGAAUGAUUGUCACGUGUGGUGUAGAAGUGGAGGAAUUGAUGGCACUUCCCAUUCCCCGUAAGUCUAAUAUCCAAGACUUGAAACUAGAAUCGUAUCAAUUCGUGGCCAAUGAAGAGAGUAAUGCCAUUGAAGAGUGCGAUAAGAAAAUGGUUAAAGAAUAUGUCAAGAUCAAAGUCUUGGAAAUCAAUUUAACGAAUAGAUUGCUGGCUAAAGAGGUCGACAGUCAAUUGGCCUCUUCUCACAUCUACCCAAUUGAUGUCAAUUACACCAUUGCUGUCAAAACAAUCGCUACAAUAAGCGAUAACUACAAAAACCAAUCGUUUAAACUCAUUGAAUGGAACCACAAGAACAGUGUCUUUCCCAAUGAUAUCAAUUCAGCAAAUCUUAUACUUCUGAAAGACUCAUACGAUUUAUGGGACAUUAAUACAAAGAAACAAUUGCAGGAGAUUUACGAUGAUUUUUGGUUUCAGUAUCAGUUGACAGUACCAGAGCUGGCAUUAAAUCAAAUGAAUGGCAAAAAGGAUCUAAAGAAUUCAGAUUUGGAGAAACGUAUCGUUGAUUUCGUGAAAAUCGCACAAAGCGUUGGAUUCAAUACAAUUGGCCGCAAAUUAGAUACAAUUGGAUCCAUGGCUGUGCUCUUCAGGAAAGUAUUUUCUGAACCAAAAGUACCCAAAAAGGAGAAUAUUGUCGAAAUCAAUAGUAAUCCCGAGAAA